AGCAUCAAGCACUCUACUUUCAAUAACAAAAAUCAUGAAGUUCGCCCUAGCCCUGAUCUGCCUGUUCGCGCUGUUGUCGCUGGCUUGUGGUCAGAUGGCGCGAGUGUACUGCGGCCGGCGACUGGCGCAGACCCUGGCCGUGCUCUGCCCGGAGAUGGAAGAGGAAAGCGCGGUGAAGCGGUCUGAUGGCGAUCUCAGUGGUGCUGCGAUGUACGGCACUCGUGACUGGCGCUGGGCGUCCCUGGGCGCAGCGCGAGGCAAGAGAGGAGUCGUCGAGGAGUGCUGCGACCAACCGUGCACGCUCGACACGCUGUUAAGUUACUGCUAGUACUUUCUGUGAUGCGAGAUUGUUGGUCAUGCUAUUAUGAAUAAAUGUUGAUUAAAUUUUAAAUUUAUUCUAUUUUUUAUGAAUAUUUAUUCCUAUUAUAUUUUUGUCCUAGAGUGCUCCAUAUCUCCUGCUUUUCAAGGGUGAUGAUUUUUCAUAUAAGAUACA